AUGGAUCCAGUUGAUCCAAACAAAACCACUAGUUCCCCUUUGGGGAACAACCAACAGGUUAAUACAGCAAUGAAUGUUUUUCAGGAUGCCAUUGCAAGAGCUCUUGGCAUUUCUAAUCCAGAUGGAGCUCCAGUUGGAGCAAACGCUGGCACUGUGACUGGUCCGUCAUCCAGUGCAAAUGUGGCCGGCAAUUCAAGUGCAGGUCCAAGUACCCGCUCUUCUGGAAGGAAAAGAGCACGUUCUCCUGAGGACCAGACUAGCAGUAGGAAACAUCGCAGAACAGAUAGUGAGGGUAAGGGGAGCACCUCAAACUUAAAAAACAUGGCCCCUGCAACAUCAAAAGAACAAAGACGUUCUACUCGGGCUCAGAGUGCCGCAAAACGACUGAAAUGGAAAUACAAGAAGAUCAAAAGACGCACUUGGAACAAGCCCAAGGUUUCCAGAGUGCAGGAGGCACAGGCAAUCAAAGUCUUCCAGGAUGCAAUUGCCGAAGCCCUUGAAAGCUCAUUGGCUACUGGCACUUCCGGAGCAGGUACACAAGUUGCCUCAUCUCCUGGGCCAUCUACAAGCAUGGCCAGCAGUUCAGGGGCAACUCCAAGUACCAGCUCUUCUGGGAGAAAAAGAGCUCAUUCUCCUGAGAACCAGACUAAACGUAGGAAACGUCACAGAACAGAUAGUGCAACAUCAAAAGAACAAAGAGGUUCUACUCGGGCUCAGAGUGCCUCAAACCGACUGAAAAGAAAAUACAAGAAUAUCAAAAGACGCACUUUACACAAGCCCAGGGUUUCUAGAGUGCAGGAGGCACAGGCAAUCAAAGUCUUCCAAGAUGCAAUUGCCGAAGCCCUUGAAAGCUCAUUGGCUACUGGCACUUCCGGAGCAGGUACACAAGUUGCCUCAUCUCCUGUGCCAUCUACAAGCAUGGCCAGCAGUUCAGGGGCAACUCCAAGUACCAGCUCUUCUGGGAGAAAAAGAGCUCAUUCUCCUGAGGACCAGACUAGAAGUUGGAAACAUCGCAGAACAGAUAGUGAGGGUAAGGGUAGCACCUCAAACUUAAAAAACAUGGCCCCUGCAAUAUCAGAAGAACAAAGAGGUUCUUCUCGGGCUCAGAGUGCCUCAAAACGACUGAAAAGAAAAUACAAGAAGAGCAAAAGACGCUCUUUACACAAGCCCAGGGUUUCUAGAGAGCUGGAGGCACAGGCGAUUAAAGUCUUCCAGGAUGCAAUUGCCAAAGCCCUUGAAAUCUCAUCGGCUACUGGCACUUCCGGAGCAGGUACACAAGUUGCCUCAUCUCCUGUGCCAUCUACAAGCAUGGCCAGCAGUUCAGGGGCAACUCCAAGUACCAGCUCUUCUGGGAGAAAAAGAGCUCGUUCCAGUGAGGAACAGCCAAGAAUUAACACUAAAGACAAUGAAACUGAUACUAAUUCCACAAACACAAGCAGACAAACUUGUAAAAAAUCUACCAAAGGUAUAAAAAACCGACAGCCCAGCCCUUAUAGCCAGCAGCAGGCUAGUGAUUUCCAAUUAUUCCAGGAUGCAGUUGCCAAAGCUCUUGGAAUAUCUGACAGUGAAACAAACACUAGCGUUGCCACUAACCAGACAUUUGCUCCACCGGCAAAGUCUGUCGCCAAAGAUACUAGCAUAGUACCAAGUACUAGCUCUUUGGUGAGAAACAAUGAUGGAGUUCAAUUGCAGAACAGUAGCACUGGGAAUAUUGCUGGAAUUCCAUCUCCGGCAACAGAAAACAGAAUAGAUCCAACUAUUAGUUCUUCCGUGGCCCAGAAAGACAAUUCUGGUCAACAGAAUCAGUGCAAUGUUCAAAAUAAUGUUACGUCCCCUGAGAAUCCUUCUACUACAACCAGGGGAAUAUUUGAAUAUAUAGAGUUAAGUGAAAGGGAACGAGCCAUUCAAGCACAUCAACAGCAGAUGGCUCUACAACAACAAAUGGAACAUCUCAGGGAGUCUCCAUAUGAAGAUUCCCCUCUAUUCAGGAACCCAAUACCUGAAACAAGGAAGAGAAAGUUGGACACCAACCCAGAAGAUGUUGCUUUAUGGAACCCCAAGCGUCUGAGGCCCAGACUGGGCAAAGGACCUAAGGUACGCCCCAAAGCCUUAGCAACAAAGGCAGAAACACGGGAUGUACAAGGCAAAGAAGAUUCUACAUCAGAUGAUAUAUUUCCACCAACAUCAGUAAUAAUGACAAGAUUAAGGGCAAGGGCACAAGCAAUGAAGAGAAAAGAUCCGAGCAGAUCUGAGCAGUCUGAUAAAAAAGAUGAUUCCCAGUCAAAGUAA